CAAUAUGCCAGCAGAAGGGGGGGUGACUGUGAGUGCACUAUUUGUCUCCGAUCACCCAAACCACCGUCUCCCCGCCAACCAACGUCUCUGUUCAGAGCAGCAUCCACGAGUACCUCGAAAAACUGCAUGAAAAAACUCUCAACGAUCUCUACAAACAACCCGCAACAUGUCUCGCAAUCCUCCGCCUCGUCCCUCCAAUAGCAAAGCACGUCGUCAUGCGGCUGCUCUACACCCGCGGCCCCGUCGCCAAAUCCGAGAUUGCAGUGUGGGUAUUCCUCGACCAGAAACGGACCCUCAAAGAAGGGCUCGAGAAACUCUCCAAGCUGCAUAUCUGCGCGACCUGCAAGGCGCAGCCGGACCAUCUGGAGAUGAACAGGACUUUCCAGGAGGGGUUGCAUAAUGCGCUGGUGGGCGGAGGUGACCAUAUGAGUUUCGGGGAGCCGAUGGAUGAUGGCUCGCAGGAGGUAGAUAUUGCGUUUUUGGAUAACCAUGCCGCGCAGGCUUGGGAGACCGUGCUGCACUACCUCGUCGGCACGCCCUCAGAGCGCAAACCCAAAGCGGUUGUCAAACUGCUGACAGAGUCCGGGCUGCAGGAGCUUUCCGACGGGGGAAGCGGAAUGGACGGCGACACGCGGCUGACGAUCACGAGCAAAGGGUUCCAGUUCCUCCUCCUCGACGUGAACGUGCAAGUCUGGUCGCUCCUCCUCCAAUACCUCGACCUGGCCGAAAAGCAGCUCAACAUGCAGAUCGUCCAAGUGCUCAACUUCCUCUUCCAAGUCGGCUCCCUCGAACUGGGGCAGGCUUAUUCCUCGGAAGCACUCACAGACACCCAACAGCACGUCCUGAAGGACCUCAAAUAUUUCGGACUCUUCUACCAACGCAAAAAUUCGCGACGCUUCUAUCCGACCCGUAUGGCUACCGCCCUCACCUCCGGCACGAUGCUCACCGCACGCCCGACCGCCGAGAUCCAACAACAGCAGGGGUAUAUCAUCAUCGAGACCAAUUACCGCAUGUAUGCAUACACCGACUCCCCACUGCAGAUUGCCAUCCUCUCCCUGUUUGUAUCCCUGCAGGCCAGGUUCCAGAAUAUGGUCACGGGCCUCAUCACCCGCGACGCCAUCCGGUCCGCCCUCACGAAGGGGAUCACCGCCGACCAGAUCAUCACCUACCUCACAACUCAUGCACACCCCGAGAUGAAGAAAGCAUCGCCGAUCCUGCCCCAAACCGUGGUCGACCAGAUCCGGCUAUGGGAACUGGAGUUGAACCGGCUCCGAAUCUCGGCAGGGCAUCUAUAUACCGAUUUCGCGGAUUUGAGAGAGUUUAAGGAUAUCAUGGGCUAUGCGGAGCCGAAUGGCUUUGUGCUGUGGAGGAGCGAGAAAGGAAGGAUGGUGGUUGUUACGGAGGCUGGGCAUGAGCAUGUGAAGACGUAUCGGAAGCGGAUGAUGGCGCAGGCGGAGGCGGAGAGGAAUGGGAGUGGGGGUGGUAGUGCCGCGGCGGCGGCGGCGGUGGGCGGGAAGGGUGCGAGGGCGACGGUGUCGAGGUGAGCGGGAUAGCAUGCGAUCGAUCCAUCUUGGCAUUUUCUCUUUGACCUCCGGCGUCCCUCGGGCGACGGCUGCAUAUAUAGAUACCAUGGCGAAAGUACUGAAUCAUGCCAUAAAUAUGUUUAUAUCAGAAACAGACAUAUGGACAGAUGGAUUGUUGUACGGUGUUUAAGCCGCAUUCCCGACUUUCUUUCACACGCAAGUGACGGGUGCGAACCCAAUUCAAGUUCAAUUUUUCGAUCUCCGGUCACACCGCAAACCCAUUUUCACAAAGUAUGGAAGCUGGUUAUCCAUCCAGAGGACAACCUCUGCCCCCCGAGCGUGCCCACCUUCCCCAUACAUAUACUGUACGUAGUAGGUACCACCACUACUCUCCGGACUCUGCCCCGCUUACUGGAUUGACGGG